ACAAAUAAUCCCUUCAUUAUAUUGCUAAAUAAGGCACAACAUACUUUUGUAUGAAUAUUGACACUCUUACUCCUUGGAUGUUGUAAAUUGAAAAUGUAUUUGAUUUGAGGGCGUCACUGUUUAAGGAUCAGUAGUUUUUGUCAAGUUACCCUCAGCGAUACAGAAACCACUAAUUCCACAUCUUUUUCAGGCCGGCUGUAUUAAUGAAAAUAUUUUUAUUUGCUCUACUCAAUGGGUUCUACAACUUUGUUCAUUUGUGUACGGUAACAAAGUAUAUUUCCCGGCAGUGACAUGUUUUCCCUACCUUGCUGUUUCCCUUCUUUAGACCAGAGCGUUUCCCACUGUGCCCCAGACUCCCAUGGGACUGUCAAGAUUCAGAUGAUGAGGGGAUUUGGGAUAUGGAUUCUCUUUGGGCUGAAACCAAACUAUCUCAGUGUUCAGGUUGCAAGUAUGUCUUUUACUGUGGGCGUGAGUGCCAGAAAGCAUCUUGGCCUAUACACAAAAAAGAAUGUCCUAAUCUUCGACGAGUUUCUCCACGGAUUGUUCCUGAUGCUGCCAGGCUCCUAGCUCGUAUAAUCUUUCGAUUACAGAAUGGUGGAGAUAAAGAAAAAAGUUAUUAUUCUAAAACAGGUUUUAGAAUGUUCAAGGAUCUCAUGUCCCAUUACUCUGACAUUAAAAAGGACUCAAAGAGGAUGGAGCACUUCACAUCAUUAUGUGCUGUGCUGAUGGAAUAUCUUGGUGAGGGUGCACUCCCCAACUCAGCUGAGCUUUUAGGAAUAUAUGGAAGGAUGGUUGUGAACGGUUUUAACAUUUUAGAUCCAGAGAUGGUAAGCAUCGGCACUGGACUUUACCUGGGCGUAUCUAUCAUUGACCACUCCUGUGACCCGACGGCCCUUGCAGUGUUCACUGGCACCACAAUCCACAUAAGAACACUGCAGACCAUGCCCAUGAUGGAUUGGAGCAAAGUGUUCAUUACAUAUGUUGAUUUGCUCAACUCUGCAAGGGAGCGACAAGAAGAUUUGCAAGCUACCUAUUAUUUCCUUUGCCAAUGUAGCCGUUGUGUAGAUCGUUCAGAGCUAGAGCUUCAGAGGUCAAUGCUUUGUCCAAACGUCAAAUGUGGGGAGCCAGUUCCCAUUUUUCAAACGGAAACAUAUGGGAAAUUGUGCACCAAGUGCAAUGAACAUAUUAAACCUGCUCAGAUCAGUGAAUACCUUGAUAUUGUGGAUUUCUCACAACAACACUUGCAGUCUAUGAAAGAUGUUGCUUAUUUAGAUGUUUGUAAAGUAUGUUUAAAGAAGCAGAACGGACUGUUUCAUCCAAUGAAUUUACUUCGAGUUAAAGCUCUGGAUACUGCAUUUGAAAGUGCAAUCGAUGUUGGCUCAUGGGAGGAUGCCAAGAGACUUGGAGAAGAAGUUGAGCCUGGCUACAGGAAGUACUAUGGCAGCACACAUCCUCUCCUGGGGAUUCUGUACCUAAAGCUUGGCAAGCUGAGCCUCUAUCUUAACUGUGUACAAGAGGCCUUGGACUGGCUGAUCAAAGGGCAGAAUGUUUUGAAAAUAACUCAUGGUGAACGACAUCCUCUCUACAGGAAUGAUCUCCUACCCCUCAUUGCUCAAGCUCGUGAGGAAUUGAGGUGAUCAUUCAGGUGACUGCAUCAUCAAGUUUAUUUUUUCAUUGAUUGGUAUGUAGUAUAGGGCUGAUUUGUUAGAGUUAAGUGUGACGUUAGACAAUUAAAAGGUGUUGUUGAACUGUGAUAGAGGUUAUAAUAAUUGUUCAAUCGGAGGAUGGGAUGGAAUGAUGUCUUUGGUGUGAAGAUGUGUUUUAAAACUAACUGAUUUAACUUAUGAUUGUCAUGUAGAAAAGAAUUCUGCUCUUUUCAUCACAAUAUCAAGUAGGAUGAAAGUGGCUUGCAUUCCAAGAUGUUCCAAGAAAUUGUUCAAUUUUCUGAAUAUCUCAGACCACAAGAAUGUAUCAGGAUCAAGAGAAUGGUAGGCUGUGUACAAGGCGCAAGAUUGUUUCUUUUUGUAUUCAAUCGAAGAUAAAAAUCCUUUGUUUACGUAGAAAUGCAAAGGAUGGUCUGUGUAUUUUGCGAAGGAUGUUUCAAUUAACUAAGUCAUGUUCAAUGCUUUUUGCCUCAUUUAUUGGUUUACAUUAUCAUUCCUCAGUCGCUAAACAAUAACAAAAAUGAUGUUUGUAACAUUGAUAACAAUUUAAAAACUUAUGAAUAAAUAUCAACAGGUAUAGGCAGUUCUGUUCAGAAGUACAUUUUUAUAUCAUUGAUUGUGUUAACAGUAAUUCUCUAGCAAUAAUUUUAUAGGAUGGACCAAUAAGUCUUUACUGUAG